AAUCUCUUGCAACUCUUUCAAUAGGUUUUGGUUAUUGCCAUCCCCGAAUUUGGAACGUGAAAGACUUUUGGUAUAUCUACACAAGGAGACAUGGUCUGGCACUAGGUUUUUUUUUACAAGUUGCUUCACAGAAUUACCCACACUAGCUAAAAGACUUUGUCAACUCCCUUCUUACCUUUCACAUCAAUCACAUACCACACAUCUCACUCAUACCAACCAUCAAACCAAAUAAACAGGGUCUUCAGAAAAGACUCUUAAAACCCAGAACAAAAUGUUUGACCAACUCCUAGACGACAUCGUGUUGGAGAUCGUCUGCCAUCUCAGUACCGCCCGCGACGUAGCCCGCCUGGCAUCGUCGUGUAAGCACCUGCACUCCAUUCUCAGCGAGGACGGCUGGCGCACCUUCGUCAGGACCUGCUUUCCCCUCCACUCCCUGCCAUUAGGCAAGACUGCCCCCAAAUGGGACGAGCUGGCAAACAACCUUACCCGCCAAGCCCGCGCAUGGGACAUGAAGGCCUUCCAGACCACCGCCUACACGGACGACCGCCGCCGUGAUGGCAAUUACUUCGCGGGCUUCACCAACACCGGCCGUCCCUUUCACCCCGUCAUCGACGCUCGCCUGGUCUUUGACAAGAGCUGGGAGCUCGCGGCGUGGGGAGCCGGUGAGGAUAUCGUCGGCAGAUUCAGGCCUCACAACAGUCGCGGCGAGUCGGACGCCUGGUUCCGUAUGGAGGGCAAGACCAACGGCUACGAAGCGGGCGUGGGCGAUGUCACCGCCAUUCAUUUGACUGAGCCCAACGGGAAGCUGGGCAUCCUCGUCGGCAGGGCCAAUGGAGACUUACAGCUUGUCUCGGCGGCUCCUGGUAGCGCUGGCAAGGCCCUUUCGACUUUCAAGAUUCCUACGCCUACUGGAGGUCUCGAAGCUACUACGUGGACGUCUAUCGGAUCCAUUGAUACCCUGCCGAAUCAGACGUCAGUGAUCGCGGGCAACCGCGCCACCGUCAGUCUCUUCUCCUUGGACGCAGACGAAACCGGGGCCACCCUCCCGCUCGACUCGCAGACUUUCGACGUUCCAGGCCAGGGGGGCAGGAAGCAGUUCAUCCACUCGGCCAAGGCCCUCAACAACGACACCAUCAUCUGCGCGCUCUCCAACGACGCAGACCCGAUCCGCUACCUCACCGUAACCCCCUCAGGCUUCACCCCCAACCUCGCCUCCAAGAACCACUCCCUCCUCGCAUCCCGCGGCAUUGACACGGACAAGAAACAGACCGUCCGCGCCAUCCAACCCGUCAACCCAGGCCCAGCAGGCCACACAAACCUCCUCCUCAGCGCCUGGGACGACGGCACCAUCCGCCUCCUCGACAUCCGCACCCCGUCCGCCCACGACGUUCUCUACCGCGACAUGUACCAGCCCUUUGAGACGCACUCGUCCCUGCUAACCUACGGCUCGGACCACUUCGUCGCGGGCAGCAACGAGCUCGAGGCUCUCAAAGUAUUCGACUUCCGCUGGGCAAAAUCAUACCACCACUCCGCCGCCCUGCCGUGCUGGUCCGGCACGCCGUUCCCGGAUCCUUUGAGGGGCACUAGCAGCCGCUCCCUGAGCAUGCGCGGCGUCGGGUGCGAUCACCCGCGCGGACGGGCCUGCGUCUGGCACGAGUACGCACGGCGGGAUUACUACCGCCCCAACUACCGCUUCCACGUGAUGCCCUUCCGCGACGCGACGCGCUCGUCGACGAGCCGUGUGUUUUCCCUGGCGAAAGCCUCCGAUGUCUCGGACUCGUUCUACGUCGGUCUCGCGGGUGCCGUGGCCGAGUUCUCCACCACCGUCCCGGGGGAGGCGGAGCAGGACGAGGUCGCGGCCUGCGUGACCUCGGCGGCGGCGAAGAGGGGCUGGAGGGCGCGGGCGUCGCAUUUCAGUUUCGCCGAGACGGACGACGGGUUGUUGACGCCGGGGAUGUCGAUGAGUACGUUUAUGCCGAGGCUUGCGCAGCGGUUCGGGGACGAGGUUGGCGCGCCGCAGUUUCGGGAGUGGUGGAGUAAGACUCCGCCCAAGACGGCGGCGUGGCAUCGAUGGGACCCGAGUUUUUGGCGGCCGACGCAUUUCACGUUUUGAGGGACUUGAAAACAGAGGAAAGGAAGACUUUUAGGGAGUUUCGAUUGUUGAGAGAAAAGGGGUUAGCAAAAGAACACAUGGAAGGGGGAAAAGUUGAGGCAAAAGAAUCAGCCAUAGUUGAAAAGAGAAAUAUCCGCAUAGUUUUGAUAUGACCGGGCCAUAGAUAGGACUCGGACAGAGUUUAGAAUACAGUCAGUUCACACAGAUAUACAAUGACCACCAAGCACCGUUCGCUUCAUGAUAUUGGCUGCAGUACCUUCACCGUCGUUUAGAACAGUUAGCCCGCAACAGCAGUAACUACUCUGCAUCGCCCCAUGGCCCAUCCCGCGUUCCCUCUGUCCCACUCUUCCCCCGAC